AUGUGCUGGUGUCUGUGUCUCAGGAGGUCCGGCGGGCCUGAGGAAUGUGUGGUUGUCUGUGUCACAGGAGGUCUGGUGGGCCUGAGGAAUGUGAGGUCCGGCGGGCCUGAGGAAUGUGCGGGUGUCUGUGUCACAGGAGGUCCGGCGGGCCUGAGGAAUGUGCGGGUGUCUGUGUCUCAGGAGGAGGUCCGGAGGUCCGGCGGGCCUGAGGAAUGUGCGGGUGUCUGUGUCACAGGAGGUCCGGCGGGCCUGAGGAAUGUGCGGGUGUCUGUGUCACAGGAGGUCUGGAGGUCUGGAGGUCUGGCGGGCCUGAGGAAUGUGCGGGUGUCUGUGCCGCCGGCUGUGCUCCGCGGCGAAACUGCGGUGCUGCUGUGCCUGUUCGACCUGGAGGACGACCCGCUCUACUCCGUCAAGUGGUACAAGGGCCGCUGGGAGUUCUACCGCUACGCGCCGCGCGAGGACCCUUCCAAGAAGAUAUUCCCCAUCCACGGCCUCAACGUCGAGAUGACGCAAUCUAACGCCACCCACGUAGUGCUGAGUCACGUUCACUUGUCGCUAUCGGGCAAGUACAGCUGCGAGGUGUCGGCCGACGCGCCGUCUUUCCACACAGCCAUCGUCACAGGCGAGAUGGCCGUAGUAGAGGUACCACGGGAGAGACCCACCAUCAGCGGGGUGAGGCCGCGCUACAAGGCUGGUGACUGGGUUCGCAUCAACUGUACGUCGCCCUGGUCCAAGCCAGCAGCGCGCCUCGCCUGGUUCAUCAACGGCGAGCAGGCGCCGCCCUCGGCCGUGGUGCUGCACGCGCCGGCGCUGGAGGCGGACAGCGAGCGAGAGAGCCCCACGCUCGGCCUGCAGCUGCGCGUGGCCCCGCACCACUUCGCCGCGGGCCGCCUCAAGCUGCGCUGCACCGCCAGCAUCCACGACGUGUACUGGCAGAGCACGGAGAAGAGCGUGGAGGAGGACCGGCCCCGCGCCAGCCCGCCGCCGCGGCCCCAGCUGCAGCCCGAGCAGGCACCCGGCUUCCUGGGUGACCUGGCGCCCGGCCCCACAGAACAACAAGAUCCAUCUUGCGCCGUAAAGAGAUUUGUGCUGCAACAAAGUUUUAAAUGUUGGUUCUUCACAUUACAUUUCUUAAUUUUUCUGUUUAUUCCUUUUAUUCUCAGGUGAAAUUACUACCACGUGAUUGUUCGUCGUUUCUUUGGAAGAUAUUGGCAGUAAAUGUGAAAACAAAAACUGGCAUUUUCAACCAAAUAAUAUGUUCUCAAUGUACUUUCGCCUACGCUGUUAUGAGAAUAAAGUGCGGAACUGCUUUAAAAAGUGGCUAUGAAGUGGAUGAACUGGACCAUUCUUAUUUUCCACAAAUGCCAAAUGCCAAAAUGUAUAUAUGAUGUAGCAUGAGAUAAAAAAAAACUUGAGAGCUUGUACAGGAAAUGUAAUGAUGUUUAAAAAAUGAGCUUCCUAAAUGUGAACUGUUACACAAUAAAUCAGCAAUAUUUAACACAUAUAAGAAUUAAAUGGUUCCAAAAUACUAAUAAAA